AUGAUGUCCAUGAGGCGCCAUGGCUGGCAACGCCCUCUCCACCCUUUACAGAUGGUGGGAAUGGCAGUUUACAGUUUUCUGGUUGUGGCCUUCUAUACAUUCCUUGGGCUUUUCCUUGGAAACAGAAUUGCUGAAAUUACAGUCACUACAAUCUUUACUUUUGUGGCAGUUUCAGUUAUUUUCCUGUUCAUUAGGUGCACUGCCAUUGAUCCAACAGAUAAGACCAGGUUUAGAAAGAGGAAAAGAGCUAAAUCAAAUGGGUUUUCAAAUUUAAAUUAUGGAUUUAUAUUGAGUCAAAUAAUUAUGAGGUUUUUUAGAAAGAUGGAAAGAAAGAUCCUUAAAACUUUUAUAAGGAGAAAGUAUUUGGACCCACUGAAGACCAAUGCUCAAUUGGAGCCAUUGCUUCCUUUUCCACUUGUCAUGAAGGAUGAUGCAGUUUCACCUGACCCUAAAGAUGAUGACAUCUCUUAUUGCUCGCUAUGUGAUUUUGAGGUAAAGAAGCACAGUAAGCACUGCAGGACCUGUAACAGAUGCGUAGAAGGGUUUGAUCACCAUUGCAGGUGGUUAAACAACUGUGUUGGCAAGAGGAAUUACACCACAUUCAUUCUUCUGAUGAUUUUUGUCUUGUUAAUGUUGAUCAUAGAAGGAGGAACUGCGGUUGCCAUAUUUGUAAGGUGUUUUACUGAUAAGAAAGGAAUGGAGAGGGAGCUGGAGAGGAGGCUACAUGUAGAGUUCCCAAGAGCGGUUCUUGCCACAAUAUCAGUUUUGUUGGUUUUAAUGACAGCUUAUAGUUCAGCAGCCAUGGGACAACUUUUCUUUUUUCAUGUGGUUCUCAUACGCAAGGGAAUGAGAACAUAUGAUUAUAUCCUGGCUAUGAAAGAGGUGAACGAAUCAAUGGAACUAGAUCCUUUUGAUGAUUCAGAUUUCUCUUCAGACUCUGAUUUUGACUCUCCUGAAAAAUCAACAAUUGUUUCACGCUUUAUUUGUGGCCAUAGGGGAAAUCAGAAUCCUACAAGUCUGUCAAUAAGAAUUGAUAGGGAUCCUGAGUCUUCUAACUUAACCAAGAAACAAGGCUUUCAUGUAAGCAUCAAUCCUUGGAAACUAAUCAAGUUAAGCAGAGAGAAAGCUCUGCGAGCAGCUGAGAAGGCCAGAGAGAGGAUUAUGAAACAGAAACCAGUAGAGCAACCAUUAAAGCCCCUACCCUCGGAGAAAAAAUGUGGACCAUUGAUGAACCAAGACAAGAAUAUGACCAACGUGGAAUCAGGUUCAACGCCACUCAUUUCCAAAGGAAAGGUUCCAGUGUCACCCAGAAGGUUCUCAAGUCCAAGAAGGCGUUUUUCUGGCUCCCAGAGCAUGUUUUCUGGCUUCAUACCUUCGCCAAAGAAUAAGUACCGAAGCAGUUUCGAUUUGAAGUUAACAGAAGUUUCCAGGGAGCUUGAAACCUAUAUUUCGAGGCAGGUUUUAUGUUCUGUUAUGAAGAAAGACGCCUAUGAGGCUUCCCCAAAAUAA